UGAGGGUUUUUAAACAAAAUGAAGGGGGCGGGGACAUUUAAAAAUCAUAGGGGCUUGGUGAUCCAAACCACGAGAGGGCGCUGUUUUGACAACUGUCACUAAAUUACAACACGUGGGUAAAGUUUGGCAUAGGCCGAAGAUAAGAGCGCGCGCACCCACUAGCCAGUUGUGUACGUUUGCUGUAGCUAAAAUACCAAGCACAAACUUCUGUUAGAAUACACAUUUCGUGAGUAUUUGGCUUUUGUAAACUGGGAGAUAUUUAGAUGUCAACUCAAUUUAUUUGCUGAAAUGAGAAGCCAUCCGGAUGAAAAGGUUCCAAGGUUCUCAAGUGCAGGAGCACGUUUUCAGCACAGUGGCGGAAGUAUCCAACUGCGAAAAAGACGCACAAGUAUGACAGUGAGAGAGAUGAUGGCUUUAAACGAAGCCAACUGGGUGGACACUGCACUAAAUAUUCCUGUCACCUCAGUUCCUGGCACCCAAGUUCCUGUCACCCAAGUUCCUGUCACCCAAGUUCUUGUCACCCAAGUUCUUGUCACCCCGGUCCCUGUCACUGCAGUUCCUGUCACCCCAGUUCCUGUCACCGCAGUUUCUGUCACCGCAGUUUCUGUCACCCAAGCUCCUGUCACUCCAGUUCCUGUCAGUCUUUUUAGAGCCGAUCCCACUCCUGCCACUAUAACUGAUGACUCAACAGUUUCUUCAGGGGACAACAUUGAUUCAUCAUUUUUCAUGAAGUUACAACCGUGCAUUCUUAGAUGUACAUCUGACUUUACUCAGGAAGCACUGACGUGGGAGUUGCAGGGAAGAGAUCCCGUUCACGAUGCUUUCUAUUAUCAAGCCUCAGAAAUUGUGGCCGAUGCAAAGUCGCUUGGGGCAGAAGUUGUCAGAGAGUCUCAUAUUCUGGGUCAUGAUGACGCACCUCUGCAAAUGUCUUGCUCUACGAUUCCAUAUGAAAUGUCUGAUGGAGCUACCUCGGACCUCUCUCAACCAUCCAAGAAAACAGGUGCAACAAUAGAUCAUUCAACCCAGGAAUCACUUACUUUUGGUCUGACAUCAAACUUAACUGAAGAUGAAGCACUUUCACCCAAUACACGUCAGAAUAUUGUCAACAUGUCUGUUCAAAAUGUGAUAAAAGAUUCCCUUGAAAAAUCGUUUAAGGAUGUCAUCAAGACUAAAAUACUAAAGAAUCUGCUGAAUGAAACAACACAGCAGGGCAUCCCAUCAGCACCACAGACCCGAACAUUUCCUGAUGAGUUACAGGUCCGAAGAGAUAUGACAGCUUAUGAUGGGAACCAUCUCAAGGUUUCUGCCACUGAUAGCGAUGUUGACACACCUUUGAUACAGGUUGUCAAACAAACAGCUCAGCAAUCUAUGUCUGAAAAUGAGACAACUACCUCAGCUUCUAAAGAGGUAUUCCCAGUAUGGCAGACAAAUGAGAUUGUCACCAUGUCUGUGGAAGAUAUGACAGAGUCCACAGAAACCACUGCAGAGUGUAUUCAAUCCGUGUCAGUGGAAACCUCGGAAUCACCUGAUGGGGAGGUCUCGAAGCAGUCAAACCCAGAGUCUGAUCAAACCACAAUGGUUAUGGUCGCCCUACCUCUGGAGAAGUCAUUGCAUUGGCAAACACCGGAAACGAUGGAGUGCAUCUCGAAGGAAGUCGAAGAAGUUUUGCCAGUUCUCACAGCUUUUCAUCCCAAGACCCUUUCCCCGACUCAAGAGACUCGUGUGCCUGAGGAGAAUAUAAACUCUUGCACUAAUCAAGCUGUAGAUAUGCCAAUUCUCACAGCUUAUCCUCCCAUGCCCCAGUUGCCAACUCCAGAGACUUGUUUGCCUAAGAAGAAUGUGAUCUCUUGCACCAACGAAGCUGUAAUCAAGGAGGUGAUUGCUGUAUCACAAAGAGCUGGCUACCUCACACCUGAACUGCCCCAUACUAAGUUCUCCCAAGAGCAUUCCAGGUUCUCCCAAGAACCUACCUGGUCCUCCCAAGAAGCUAUUUUGACUACCUCAAUCUCCCCAUCCCACCAGACUUGUUCUGAAACGUUCGUCUCAAAGGCAGCGUCUAAUCCCUUCUUUACAGACAAAAGGAAACUCCUUGAUAAAAACAACAACUUCGGAGAACCACCACCAAAACAGUUCCGCCUGAAUAGCAGAGUAGCAGGCAGUUCACCAAGCCACCCUGUGUUGCUGCAGAAGUUGACUUCGCCCAAGCCACCACCGCUAUUGCAAGGACAACCACAGGGUGCAACACCACCUAUUUUACCUCAAUUUGUCCAACAGGAGGACACUUUGCCAGUUUUGAGAAGCAAACUACAACCCGGGGACGGUUUUUCAAAUACUGUUUCUAGCCCACCUAGUUACCAUGCCGCCUGUGCAUCGUGGUUAAACGCCUCCAAUCCCAAUAUGAGUUUUCCUAGGGUGCCAAUUUCACAAUGUCAGCCUCCGGAAGCUUAUCGUCCGUUAUCAGACCGGCAAAGCCAUCAAGUAAAUAACUCUGCUUAUACUUUGCCGAAGUACCCUUCCUGGACAAGACAUACACCUAUCAUGUCUACUUAUCCCCAGAUCCCAGGAGAGUCUUCAGUAUUCCCCGAUCUUGCCAACAGAGCCGUGGGAUCCCAGCCAGGCAAUCCACAAGUCAUGACAAACACUCAACGUUUGAUCUCCACAGGUAGUUUACGCUACACAGAUAUGCAUUUGCCACCUUACAACUUCAGUGUACCUUCGAAUGUGUAUCCUCAACAGAGGCCCACUUUACCUCCGCCUUCCUACUAUUCGAGCUUGAGACCUCCCAUCAAGGAGUUGCAAUAUCCUGCAUCUAACAGCAGCAGCAAUUACCACCCGGAUAAGUUUGGGACUUCUGUCGAUCGGGAUGAAAUUCUAAAGUGUAUCCGUCGACCUCCUCCUUAUCAAGCCAGACAAGUCCACCCUACUCGCAAAGAUCCACACACCAUCACAAACUUGCCCCGAAGAGCUCCAACUGACUUAGACCCCCGGAGGACAGACAGAGUUCAACAACUGUCACCCCAUGCAGCCUUAAUACCGGCACCUAACAGAGAAACUAUUCUGGAUAAGAGGCAAGCCAAUUCGCUUGAAAACUACAAGAAAGUGAGCUGCCUCAACUGCGAUGUAACUAUUCCGCCCGAUGACUGGAACCGCGUCUUGAUGUCUGAUGUUGUCGCUGUCAUCGAGAAUGCAAUAGACUUGUCGCUGCCUCAGACUGCCGGGAAACCUCCCAUCAUCCUAUGCAAGUUCUGCGAAAACGUCAUGCAUAAAAUUUGUAGCAGUCGUCAAGCUUUAUUUCGGGCCAAGACGAAAUUCAGCAGUUACACAAGUCCCGAAGGCUUUCUCUACACAAAGAAGAUGUGUUCCACAAUCGAGCAUUUCUUCUGUGUGAAUUGCGUGAACUGCAACGUGCUGGUAACCGUCACGCCCAAGAAGAGGCUGCUUUUCAGUAAGAAUAGCGAACAAUGGGUCGUGGCAAACAUCAUCCAGGAGGAGUUUAACAUUGCGUUGGCGCCUGACAAGCAAAACAGGAAGCUGUAUCUGUGCCUUGGCUGUUAUAAAAGGGUCAAGCAGGUUAGGUCCGCACAAGUGUCGAUGGCCUUGGCCAUGAAGGACUUCAAUCUACGCAUGUCGCCUACGAGUGACAUGUUCAAGUUUAACCAGCGCUUUGAGAGAGCUGGUAGUUUGACUUAAGACCAAGUCACACUUAAGCCUGGUUCUUACUCUUAUCUGCGAAUGCUGAUAAAUAUUUACGCCACAGCUCCGUUUUCGCUGCGAAUAUUUUGUUGAACACAGCUCAUCUCUUCGAAUUUGUGAUGUCAAAAUUUGUGUCGCAUUCGCAGGAAGUAUGAACGGGGCUUUAUAUGAGGUUCAUUUGUUGCUUGAUAUGUAGCUUGGUGUAAGCCCCGACCCCCUGUUCUCAGUGUGUUCAUUGUGUUCUGGAAAUCUCAGGAAUUCUUUGAAGAAUUUUAAAAUUAAGGUUGGGGUAUUUCUUUUGUCAAAAUUCGUAUAUAACACAUUUGCAGGAAGUGUUAACCGGUCUUUACAAGGUACAUUUGUUGUUUGAUAUGUGGCAUGGUGCCCCCCCCCCCCCUUAACAAAAAAAGAAAGAAAACUCUGCAAACAUUCUCAUUACAAAUAAGAACAGGUGGUGCAUUUUCUCCAUACAAGCAAUCAUGAAAAUAUCCAAUUUGUUUUACACUCUGUAAAAGAAUAUAUUUUAUCAGAGCAUAUAUCCAUAUUUAAAAAUAUAUGUCUUUCAUUUUGUUUUCUCUUCAUCAUCAUGCAAAACAAAAAAUAUUUAUUUUAUUCAUAUGUUUAUUCAUGAGUUUAUAUUAUUAUCAGUACAAACCUUUCUUUGAUUUGUAGUUUUUACACACACAAAAUCAAGUGUGUGGAAAAAAAGAGUAUUAUCAGCGAGUUACAAAAAUUAUGGUGAUAAAUUCUGUUAUAUAUUUAAACAUUUUUAUUUUAGUUACAAAGUUUUUUAAUGUUGAGUAUGCAGCAGCUCUAUCCCACACACGUAGCCAUUUUGGAAGUGGGCAAAAGGGAAGGCAAAGAAUUUGAGUGAAUGUAAUUUCAUGGUUAUAAGAUUUUAAAAAGAUGAUAAGCAAUUAAUUCCUUCUGUGCUCGCUUUUUGUCAUCCUAAAACGCCCCAGCUUUUGGAGGCUUUCAAAAUUCUGUUGAACAGAUUAACAAAUAAGUUUUUCUAAACAAACAAAAAUGUAUCUUGCUGAUUGGUGUUCAUUUCCUCACAUGAACAUUCACAUGUACUUUUACUGUAGAAAAAUUGUCAACUUAUGUCGACCCCCCCAUGGGCCCCCCAGUCUUAAUGGUCUACUGCAGAAACAUGGAGCGUAUAGUCUGCAACCAGUGUGCUCAUUCAUAUGAGAGCUACGUGUAUUCAUAAACUACUGGUUGACUAUAAUAGAAACCCGCCCUUGUGGUAUGACCUAGAACUGUGCACCUAUCCCAUUUUGAGCUCAGUUGGUGGCAUGGUGUUCCCCCCCCCCUCCCAUUCUAUGCAGGGUUUGUCCUUAAUUUUUACAGUGACUAGCAAGCAUGACCAGUUAGCUUUUCAUUGUUAAGGCCAAGUCACACUGCAACGAAAACGAUAACGACGCAAAGAGAACGCAUUCAAAUUGGUUGA